AUAUUGAUGAAACGUAUUAGGUGAAACAUGGGAGCUUCUCAGUCAUCAUUAGAUAAUGAGAAGACUUUUUGUGGGAUUAAAAGAGUCCAAGAAGUAAAGUUCUAUUUGCAUGGAAAAGAACAUAUUGUAACAAGCGAAAAUAUUACUCCCAAUAUGAGUUUAAACUCAUAUUUAAGAAAUAUUCAAAACAUGUACGGUACCAAAGGUAUGUGUUUUGAAGGGGGUUGUGGUGCCUGUGUUGUCGUCUUGCAAAGUAAAGAUCCCAUCACCAACAAAGAUAUUUACCUAGCUGUCAAUUCGUGUUUAACUCCACUUUUGUCAUGCAAUGGGUGGAAUAUUUUUACGAUCGAAGGCAUAGGAAAUUCUCUUAAAGGGUACCACCUUAUACAAAAAGUACUAGCAAAGUUUAAUGGUACUCAGUGUGGUUUUUGUUCUCCUGGAAUGGUGAUGAACAUGUACGCUUUAUAUGAAUCUGGAAAACUAACCAUGAAAGAUGUUGAAGACUCAUUUAGUGGAAAUCUUUGCCGUUGUACGGGUUAUAGAUCAAUCCUCUCAGCAUUCAAGUCGCUUUGCGCGGACGCCACUCCAGAAAUAGUGGGGGAAUGUCCAGAUAUAGAAGAUUUUGCUCGUUGCUAUAAAGAGAAAUGUGCUAAUAAAUGUACGAAUUGUCCCAAUGUGGCACAUGAAGCAUUUCUACUUGAUUUUUUUGAUUCCCAUUGGAUUAAAGUACAUACUAUAAAAGAUAUCAUAAUUCUACUAAACACCAACAGCACAAGUUAUCGACUAGUAGCAGGAAAUACUGCUCAAGGAGUGUAUCCAUCAUAUAAAGAAAAGGUUUUGUUGUAUAUAGACAUUACGGCUGUUCCUGAGUUACAAGCACGUAGUGCCCAAAAUGAUGUUUGCGUUUUAGGAGCAAACAAUACUCUGACUAACACCAUAGAAUUUUUUUACGAAGUAGCGAAAAAAUUUACCGGUUUUGCUUAUUUGGAAGCCGUAGCUGACCACAUUAGCUUAGUUGCAAAUGUCCCAGUGCGAAAUAGGGGAACUAUCGCUGGAAAUUUAAUGAUAAAGCACGAUCACCAUGACUUUCCCUCAGAUAUUUUUCUAGUGUUGGAGACUGUAGGUGCAAUUCUUACAAUUGUUGAUAUAGACGGAACUGAAAUACAACUCAGUCCACAAAGCUUUAUCAACUAUGAUAUGAAAGCAACACCGGCGUUGCUAAAAACCGUCACUUUAAAAUCGUUUCCUGACACAGCAAAAUAUAUCAGUUAUAAAAUAAUGCCACGAGCGCAAAACGUUCAUGCAUUAGUCAACGCGGGUUUUUUGUUCCAAUUUGACAGCAACAAUGUUGUACAGAACGCCACCAUCAUCUAUGGAAACAUAAAUUUGGAAUUUGUACAUGCCGCAGCAACAGAAAAUUUACUAAAAGGAAAACACUUAUUUGACAAUUCUGUUCUUGAACAAGCUUACACAAGUCUAGCUAGUGAAAUCAAGCCCGAUGUUAGACCACCAGACCCAUCCCCGAAAUUUAGGCAACAAUUAUCAAUAUCCCUUUUCUACAAGGCAAUACUUAGUACCGCUCCCGUUGGUAAAAUAUCAUCUAGAAAUAAAUCUGGAGGACAGGUACUACAGCGACCUAUUUCUACGGGGGCUCAAGACUAUCAAACCAACGAAUCUCUAUACCCUCUUACUGAGGAUAUACCAAAAAUUGAAGCCCUUCCUCAGACUGCUGGGAUAGCACAAUACGUGAUAGAUUUACCCGACUUACCGUAUCAGUUGCAUGGUGCUCUAGUUCUAGCCGAAGCUCCUCCAAAUUCAGAAAUUAACACCAUUAACCCCAACAAAGCACUGAGCAUCGACGGUGUUACAGCCUUUUUCACUAAAAAUGAUAUACCAGGCGACAACGUCUUCACUCCAAUAAUCAAUGGUAUCACUUCUAAGGAAGAAAUAUUUUGUGACGGAACAGUCAAAUUUUACGACCAACCUCUAGGAAUCAUCGUUGGCACAAAUCGGGAAGUUGUCAACGAAGCUGCCAAAUUAGUUGAAGUGACUUACGUUCUUCCUGAUACAGAGCCGUUACUUACCAGUCGUCAGAUAUUGCAACAAGGAAGAAAAGACCGAAUUAGGUAUUAUAAAACAUUGCAGCCUUCCAGAAAGGGUAAUGACGUUAAACACGUCAUAAAGGGUACUGUCGAUCUCUAUCAUCAGUACCACUUCCAUAUGGAAACGCACUGUUGUCAGGUCGUACCAAAUGAAGACGGCCUCGUCGUUUACUCAUCAACACAGUGGAUGGAUGUAAUACAAAUUGCUAUAGCUAAAAUGUUGAACAUCCCACAACACAGAGUUGAAGUGAUCAUUCGUCGUUGUGGCGGUGCCUUUGGUGCUAAGAUAACUAGAGCAACUUUAAUUGCGUGUGCUGCUGCUUUAGUAGCGUGGAAAUUAAAAAAACCUGUGAGAAUGUGGUUAGAAUUGAAGCCUAACAUGUCCGCGAUAGGUAAGCGGUACCCAUUUUCCGCAGACUACGAAGUCGGUGUUAAUGACUCAGGUGUUAUUCAGUACCUCAAGUCUAGUUUAUACAGAGACACAGGUUAUCAGUUUGACGAAGAUACAACGUUUUUGUUAGAGGGAAUGUUAAAGACGAUGUACAUGUCUGAGACAUUCUUGAUUGAUAUAAAUUACACACUGACAGAUACCCAUGUGAAUACUUGGAUGAGAGGUCCCGGUUCCAUAGAAGGGUUUGGAUUUUUAGAAAGCAUCAUGGAUCACAUCGCUUAUACUAUUAAUGCAGACCCUUUGCAAGUACGACUGCUGAAUUUAUCCGAUCGCACUCCAGUUGCUAGAUAUUUCUCUGAACUUAAAACGUGGGCUGACAUCGAUAACAGAAAAUCUGCAAUAUUGACUUUUAAUAAGGAAAAUCGUUGGAAGAAAAAAGGAAUAGCUGUCAAUGCUUUUAGUUUCGAUAUGAACCCAAUGGGUCCUUAUUUAUCUACUGUUUCUAUUUUGCAUAGCGACGGAUCUGUACAAAUUUCGCACAGUGGAGUUGAACUAGGGCAAGGUAUUAACACAAAGGCGGCUCAAGUUUGUGCUUUUAAGUUCAGUAUACCCCUAGAAAAGGUGCGAGUACUUCCGAGUAACAGUUUUGUGUCUGCUAAUUCUAACACGACGGCAGCUAGUCUCACUUCGGACGCCAUUUGCUAUGGAGUUGCCCAAGCUUGUGACGAAUUGUUAGCGCGGAUUAGCCCCUACAGAACAAAGGGUGCAAAAUGGGAAGAUGUUAUAAACCAAUGUCAAAAAAACUUCGUUAAACUUACCGCAACCGGAAUCUAUUCACCUAAAGAACCGAAUGUGAAAAAAUAUUCAGUCUAUGCAUCUUGUGCUGUAGAAGUUGAAGUUGAUAUCUUAACCGGACAACAUUUAGUUAACCGAGUUGACCUGAUUGAAGACACUGGAAUUUCUUUAAGUCCCAAGAUUGACAUAGGUCAGAUUGAGGGUGCUUUCAUUAUGGGUUUGGGGUACUUCACGACUGAAAAAAUCGUUUUUAACUAUGAAGGAAAAAUACUUACGAAUAACACUUGGACUUACUACGUACCCGGGGCUAAAGACAUACCAGUUAAAUUCAACGUAAAGUUGCCGAAAAAUAAUCCGAAUCCAGUGGGUGUACUACAAUCAAAAGGAACCGGAGAGCCUGCUAUAUGUUUUGGAUUCACGGUAGCCUUGGCCAUCAGAAAUGCGUUAGCUUCAGCCAGGGUCGAUGCGUCAGCUUCUAAUUCCAAGUGGUACCCUGUUGAUGGUGUAACCGAUGUCGAAAACGCAUUUAUGAAUAGUCUAAAUGAUCCUUCUCAAUAUAUUUUAUAAAAAGUACUGUUCAUACUAUAGUGUUCGUUACUAUUGUUGUACCUACUAUAUUAAAUAAAUAAACAAAUUACGGGAAACAAAA